UUUAUUACAGUCAAUUACGUCUUCACAUGGCUUAUAUGUAAUACUGUAGACAUACUUAUCUCUGUUGUUAUUUAUUUCAUAGUUUUCGAGUGUCACAUUCUCAUAGGAACACUCACCUGGCCGGCCAGUGUUUUAACAGGUUUGUCUAGCCAAACUGCUGUAUAACGUUAGAUGUUGUUCAAUCGGAUGCUUAAUUUUGAAUAAUUUAAAUCACAGUAAUGGUUUCUCUGAUAUUUAAAAAAUGUGUUUAUUGGAUUUAUGUCAUAGGAUAUUGUGUUAACCCAAACAAAUAUUGCUUCCCUUGCUACAGUGACCCAGCUAACGUUAGCUUAAUAGCACGAUUUGUUGUGACAGCCCUUCACGUUCCAAACGGCAGAAGUAUUGACCCAUAUAGAUUUAAAAUACAUACAACUUAUAUCUAUACUUUUACGAUUGCAUUCUUGCGGCAUUAUACGUUUAUACAUUUUCUGGAGAUUGAUAUAAACAUCCCCAAAGUGGACGAUACUGAAUGAUUGAAUUACCGUUAUUGCGCGAGAGGUAAGAAAUUAUCUUGUCUUUUUAAUAUUUAUUUAUCUCUUUAAACUUAAAAUGACAUAUAUUUUUCACUGUAUCCCAUAGGUCACACUUAUAAUAACUUUAAACUAUAAUUAAAUAAUAACUUAUUAUAUAAUCAUGUUUUGCAUGAAAAGCGUUAGCCUGGAAAGUGCGAGUGUGUGUCCAGUAGCAAAAAGGAUUUAACAACCCAGCUGUUGAUUGUUAGUGCAUGUCUGCAUUGCGCAUGCGUUUUCGCACAUAAUGCACUAGUGACUGAGUAAACUGCGCCACCUACAGAAAUACGCGUGCAGUAAAGUAAUGUAAAAUUGUUGAAAUUGCAUGGACUGUCUACCAAAAAGUUGCACUUUAAAAAUGGAUUUUGUACAUUAAAAUCGAUGAGAGUGAGAUGCAAUUAGCAUUCCUGUCCAUAUAUGUGGGCCUAAAUGCAAGAGAGAGUUUGGUGACAUUGCUAAAGAAAAUCAAGAAACAGGAACUUAAACACAAAUCUUAAUUCUUCCUUAGCUUUUUAAGAUUCUUAAUCAUUUCAGUUAUUUUCUCAUAGACCCAUUUUGUCAGGGAAGGGAUUUCAUGUCAAAUGUACUUGUAUAAUCCUGUACCAUAAUAAUACCAUAUUGUUGUGUUGUUGCUAAUCUCCCACUAGGAGGCAAUAUUGCAUAAAAAAGUCUGACAGUCAAGGAUGCAACGUUUAAUAUAUGCUCUACCCAUACUAUUAAUAGAGUAUGGACACAGCAAUUUUUUUUUUUCAAAUCAAUUACAAUAAUCUAUUUUUUAAUUAAAUGUAUUCUAUAAUGUCUACAAUAGUGGGUUGACUAUGUGCUUGUGAACAAAAAAAGUAGCGCAUUCAUAUGGGAAAUCAACAUCAAGGUGAAAUUUACGGGCACAUAUGGCUUCUUGUGCGUCAGUUCUUUACAUAAAGACCGACCAUUGCGGAAUCGCCAUCACUGCAGCACACUGGGUGUGGGCCAGGCACGUCCUUGAUGCCGUGUGACUCAUCACGCGCACUGUUUUAUUUAAGAUAUCUGAAGACGUGGGCCAUCAGACAUGACCCAAGUUUGUGAAUAGGCUGUUUAGCUAGGUGCUUGAUGUAUCAAUUAUUACAGACACGUGUAUAUUUGUUCGGUGACUAUGCUGGGCUCUUACGUUUGCAGAUCUCACUAUCACACAGCAAUGUUUGCAAAAGACAAAAACGAUGAAUACUCUUCGAAGCUACGACGUAGGCAAUACUACGGAGCCCGUCUGAUCACCCCUCGGAGAAAAAAAAACAAGACCCUCAAAUCGGUGGCCACACUUUUGUAAUUCGUUCCCUCAGUUUAAAAAUCCGUACUCACAGUUUCUAAAACUGUUCCCACAGUUUACAAAACCGUGCUCUCGGAUUAAUAAACUGUACCCACGAGUUUCCAAUCCGUGCUCUCGGUUUUUAUAACCGUCCCCUCAGUUUUUGAAAUCUACGGAGCCCCUCUAAUCACCCCUCGGAGAAAAAAAAACAAGACCCGCAAAUCCGUGGCCACAGUUUUGUAAUUCGUUCCCUCAGUUUAAAAAUCCGUACUCACAGAUUCUAAAACUGUUCCCACAGUUUACAAAACCGUGCUCUCGGAUUAAUAAACUGUACCAACGAGUUUCCAAUCCGUGCUCUCGGUUUUUAAAGGGGAGGUUGUUUGAUAGUUGAUACAGUUCUCUGAGGUCUUUAUAAAAGAGAUGUGACAUUUUUCGGUCAAAAUACUUCAAGGAUGAAGCACAACGCCACUAUUUUUACCUUGCAAAAACCGCAUUCUCAAGAAUGGCCGCUUCUGAGCGCUUCUUCCGUAUGAUGAUGAUGGGCACUUGAUAACCACACCCCCAACUUCACAGAGGUGUGUCCACGUCCGUACAUUCUACCAUACCAUAGAAACCGUAAGCGUAAAUCCUAAGCAAGAGAUGGCUGCUGGCGGAGACGAAGCGGUUCAACCUUAUAUGUUUGAGCCAAAGUCGGACACAGAAGAAGAGGCAUCCGAACAAGCUGUACAAGUUCGGAUUGGACAAGAUGUGUCUACAUGGCAGGAGAGUUCUACGCAGAGACAGAUGGACAAAUCUGAGUCCCGGGCACCUCCAGCAGCUGCUGCAGCUCCAAUCACAGCUCCCUCACAAGGAAAAGAGGUUGGAGGACAACAGAUGGCAACAAAGCCCUCCAUUGCACCAGAUUCUCCACCUCAGGUUCAACGUCCUGCCUGGGGAGUUUCUCUGCCUCCGGGUCAAUGCUCUUUCUGGGAAACUUUUCCUCCUCAGCAGAAGAGUUGUUUGCAGGGACAAAGGGACAAAUCUGAGUCCCAGGCACCUCCAGCAGCUGCUGCUGUUCCAAGAGCAGCUUCACCACAAAGUCAGGAGAGUGUUGGACAAGAGAAGUCCACAAAAGCUUCUCCACCUCAGCAGGAGAGCUCUACAAAAAAACAGGAUAAACCAGAUCCAGCCAAAAUGGAGUCCCGGGCACCACCAGCAACGGCUGCUGUUACAAAACCAUCUUCACCAGAAAGGCAGGAGAGUGUUGGACAAGAGACGGCCACAAAACCUGCAGUCGCACCAGCUGCUCCACCUCAGCAGGAGAGCUCUACGCAGAGACAGAGGGACGAAUCUGAGUCCCAGGCACCUCCAGCAGUUGCUGCUGCUCCAAGCUUCCCCACAACCAGAGCGUCCACAGAAGCUCCUGUCACGGCAGCUUCUCCGCCUCAGCUGGAGAGUUCUACAGAGACACUGGAUAUGAAAGUUCAGACAAAAUCUGAGUCCCAGGAACCUCCAGCAGCUGCUGCUGUUCCAGAAACAGCUCCAGGAGAUGUAGUGGACACAUCCAAGAUUUCGAAUAAGGCCAAAAGGAGGAUGAGGAAAAUGAGAAAUAUUUUAAAAAGGCAGGAGACUGCUGAACAAGAGACACAGAUGCAGGAAGUGAGUGAAACGCUGGAGACGGACACAUCUAUUGAACACCUGUGUGAGCUCCUGGAUGGACUGCAUCUGUCCUCUGAGCCUUCUGCCCCAGCCACACAAUCUCCUGUUCUUGAGCUUCAUCAUAUAGGGGCAAACUCCUCUGGCACAUUUAACAGAUUGAAGCCUCUUUGUCCAGCGACAUUUAUCUUCAAAUUCUCACCCACAUUUGAUUUUGGACCAACACAGGAGACUGACUCCCAGAUGAGUGGGCAAGAAGUGUCCACGGAGACCCCUGAGACAGAAGAGCCCAGAGAAACACCUUCUCCAUCUGAGGGUCAGGGUGCUGCCUUAGAGCCAGUGGAUCAUGUCGGAGAUGUGUCCAGUGCAUCUCCUAGAGCUUCUAAGGCGGUUAAGAAAACAAAAAGGAGGAUGACAAAAACUAAAAAAACAGAUUUACAACAGAGGCAAGAAGUGACUGACCCACGGGAGACAGACAAUGUUGAACACUUAUGUGAGCUGCUGGACGGUUACAUCUUCCUUCAAAGCCCUUUGCCACAGCCACACCAUCUCCCGUUCCUGAGCUUCAUAGAGUGACCCCAUUUAACAGCAUGAGGCCUCUACAGCCAGCAACAUUUAUUUUUAAAUCAUUAUCCUCAUCUGAAAUGGAAAAUCUAUGUCAGUGUCUGGAUGACUUGCAUCUGUCUCCCAAGCCCCCUGCCCAGGCCACACCAUCUUCUGUUCCUGAGCUUCAUCAUUUGGUGGCAAAAUCCUCUGGCCCAUUUAACAGACAAAGUCCUCUACAACCAGCCACAUUUAUUUAUGAGUCAUCCAUAUCUGGAGAAAUGGAACAUCUUUGUCAGCGUUUGGGUGACUUGCAUCUGUUUCCCAAAGCCCCCUGCCCGGGCCACACCAUCUUCGGUUCCAGAGCCUCAUCAUUUGGUGGCGAAAUCCUCUGGACCAUUUGACAGACAAAGGCCUCUACAACCAGCCACUUUUUUAUGAGUCACCCAUAUCUGAAAUGGAACAUCUUUGUCAGCGUUUGGAUGACUUGCAUCUGUCUCCCAAGCAUCCUGCCCCAGCUACACUAUCUUCUGUUCCUGAGCUUCAUCAUGUAGUGGCGAACUCCUCUGGCCUAUUUAACAGCUUGAAGCCUCUUCAUCCAGCGACAUUUAUCUUUGAAUUAUCACCCACAUUUGGUUUUGGACAAAAGCAGAAGAGUGGGCAAGAAAAGUCAGAGGAGCCUCCUGUGGCAGCAGACCCCAGAGCAACACCACCUUCAGCAUUUCAGCAGAGUCAGAAGACAGGCGGCAGACUGAGAUUUUACAAUUUAUGCACUCUGCUGUAAAGACAACAAGACUACAUCUGACAUCUUCAGCUCACUAGUACAGUGAUUGGCGGUUUGUUUGUAUCCCUGCACUUGCACUUCGUUUUAAUAUUAGUGUAUUUUAUUAUUGUUACUUAUCACUGUAGUUGCUAACUUAUCCUGAUAUCUCAAUAACCCUGUUCCUGUUAUUUACUUGGAAGAGUCUAAACCAAAUGUGAUAGUUAACUUAACGCCGUUAACAUAGCAUUAGUGUGUUAGCUUGCUUUCUGUUUACACUGUGGAAUAUCAUCUUGCCUCUAGCUUGUCUUGUGUGCUAACUGUUUCUCUUUUUAAGCGUAUAUACUAUGAUUCAUCGAGUAACCUUGGUAAGUCGGAAUUUCUCUUCAAACCCGGUGAGUUAUGGCUUCUAUUCCUAUUAUUGUUACUUGCACCUCAUGUCAUAUGUUUAGCUUAGCCUUCUCUGUCAGCUGCGAGGGCUUUAUAUGCGAUAACUGCAGGGAAAUCGUCUUGGUUACGGAUGUAACCUCAGUUCCCUGAUGGAGGGAACGAGACGUUGUGUCGAGCCGACAGAUGGGGUUCGCUCUUGAGAACCUAUCAACUUCUGACUAGUUUAGAAAAGGCCAAUGAAAUUGCCGAAUGAAAUUUGCAUGCCGGACUCCGCCCCCGGAUAUCCGGGUAUAAAAGGGAGACGGCGUGCUGCAUUCAUUCACCUUUUUGGUCUGAGGAGCCUGAGCAUCCCUCGACCGCUGCGGCGGGCGGCCAGCGUUGUGGCAAGAAGGACACGUCUCGUUCCCUACAUCAGGGAACUGAGGUUACAUCCGUAACCAAGACGUUCCCUUUCUGUCGGUCUCGACGUUGUGUCGAGCCGACAGAUGGGGUUCCUAUGGAAAACACCACAGUGCUGUGCCACGUCACAAUCUCUAGCGGAGCGAUGCUGACUGGCCUGGGCGAGUCAGACGUGAGUGCUAGCGCGAAAUUGUAACCUUCCUGUGGAGAAGUAGGGGGUCCCAGAGCUUUUGAAGAAAAGGUGGGAAGCCCCUGCCACCGGCCGUCACGGGCGGAGGCCUUGAUUCUCUAACAGCGAGAAGCCGUCCGGCACCGUAAGGGCCACUGGGUAGCAUUAUUCCCCCCUGGGGGAAAAACGCUACAGAGACCACUACCUACCAUAGGGAGGAAUUAGUGGAGACACCACAUGGUCUCACCAUCAGGGGAGAACUCAUGGGAAAAUGUGCGGACUGAAGCAGUUAACCGCAAGGUGGAGGUCCACCUAGGGAGGUCAUGGGUUGCCGAGGUGGGAACCAUUCAUGAGGAUACAUCAGACGGAACC